UGCCUUUCCCUUUGCAUCCGCCGGAACAUUCCACCGGUGCAAUCCACACCGCCUGACAAGUGUGAGUAGAUAUAUAGACCGCAACAACAUCAACACUCCCUCCAAGAAGAAGAAGAAGAAGAAGAAGAAGAUGCUGCGGAUGGAGCUGCAGCAGGCGGAGUCGGGCGUGAGCGCCGGCGCUGGCGGCGUGGCGGACGCGGUGGCCGACGCGGACGCCAUGAUGAUGGUGGUGUCCGCAGCGCCGCCGCACUCCCACCACGCGGCUCAUCCUCCGCCGUCGGCGCCGCUGGCGGUGUACGAGCGGGUGGCGCGGAUGGCCAGCGCCAACGCGGUGGUGGUGUUCAGCGCCAGCGGCUGCUGCAUGUGCCACGUCGUCAAGCGCCUCCUCCUGGGCCUCGGCGUCGGACCCACCGUCUACGAGCUCGACCAGAUGAUGGCUGCUGCUGGUCCCGGCGGCGGCGGAAGGGAGAUCCAGGCGGCGCUCGCGCAGCUGCUCCCCCCCGGGCAGCCGCCCGUGCCCGUGGUGUUCGUGGGCGGAAGGCUCCUGGGCGGCGUCGAGAAGGUCAUGGCGUGCCACAUCAACGGCACCCUCGUCCCGCUCCUCAAGCAGGCCGGCGCGCUCUGGCUCUGAUCGAUCGUCGUCGUCGGCCACCACCGUCACCGCCGCCCAUCUGCGCGUUGUGCAUCUCCAUUGCCACGCAUGCAAGACCGACCGACCGACCGGCCGGCCUCAUCUCCAUUGCUACUACUUGCAUUGAUCCAUGGGUUUUUACUAGUGGUUUAAUUUGGGGGGAGCUGUGUAGAUACAAUUAAAAUUAACCAGCUGUACGUCUGCCAUCUUCAGUGUCUGGCAGUUAGUAGUAGUACUACGUUCCUUAAUAAUCUUCUUCUUCUUCUUCUUCAUGCGUGCUACUCCGUACUAGUCGAGUGCAUGCAUGCUAGCUACUAGCUACUGCCUUGAUUACCCUUUUUACCAUGGCGUUUUAAUUUUAAUUAAUCUCUCUGAUACUGG